AUGAAAGCUGAACUCGACCCUGGCCAUCAAACCUCCGGCCUCUUGGGAGAAUGCAAAUUGAAUCAAGACAAGCUGGCGGCGUGCUACAUACUCGGACAACUGCGCGACCUGUGCACUUCCGAUCAAGCAGCAGAUAGCCUUUGGGAGUUCGAGUACAAAUACAGGAGAGAGCACAAACUGCUCGGCAAUCCGGCAGACCUUCCGCCGAUGUCAUUCCGUAAGCACGACGACAACACGACUUCUGCAGGAGCUGGAGCCUUUGGACGGGCCGUGAGGAAGCUGACCCCACGCAAGGCUAGCCUGAUCAACCUAAUGAAGGGCAAGGGCUGGAACAAAUCCGACGACUCGACUGAGCGGAACCAGGAGACGUCCUCGGAUGGUUCAUAA